UACAGGUGUGAGCUACCUCAUCCAGCCUGGAUGUGUGGUUUAAAAGAAUCCAGAGAACAAACAAAAGGCCUAACAAAUUUGGGCAGUGCAGACAUGGGCCACCUGCAGGUGAGAGCAAUAGGUGCCCGGAGGACAGCCCAUGUCUAUGGCUUCAGGAAAGUCUCAUGGGAAAAAUGAGGCUUUGAAGUAUGAAUGAGUAGGUGAGGGGCAAGUGUGAUCGUAGGUGGAGAAAAAGAAUGGGUGAGAAAAUUCAAAUAGACAUAUUUGAAGACAGUUCACUGGGCAGAUUAACUGGUGAAAAGGAAGGUAUGAUAUCACUUAUGUUGGUUAUCACUGGAUCAUUCUUUCAGUCAACAAAUAUUUAUUGCUCACCUACCAAGUGCCAGGCACUAUAUUAGAUACUAGGGACCCAGCAGUAAAUAAAUCAUGCGCCCUAAAAAGUAAGGAGUGUUGCUCUGAUUCAGCUCCGGCAGCAAAGCUCGGCUCUUCAUUUCUGCCUACAGAGAGGAUUCCCAUUUCAGGCCAUUCCUGCGUGCAGACACACCUGCCCUCCCCCUGCCAUUGCACAGCUCCUCUGAUGCGAGGGCAGACACAGGAGACCGGUGAUCGUCUCUGCUUGAAUAAAUUACCGCCCCAUCAUCUUCAUGCAUAAAACAUGGCACAGGAGGCUAGGGCAGCCCAGCACAGCAGCUGCCUUCGGGCCAGUCGGGAGUUAAGGGAAGGAAAGGCAAGACAAGUUACAAGAUAAAAGAAGUGAACGGAAGCCUCAAAUACUUUUUUUUUUUUUUUAAAGAAAAGAAAAAAAGAGGGGGUGUUUUCUUUUUCAAUUUUUUACGUCUGGACUUAACUUCCGUGAUCGCUGCAAGACCCUUUUGUUCCCUUGCCAUGAGCAGGUUUUAGGCCGCUCUCUUGGGACCAUGGUGUUACCUUCGCGAUUACACUGGAUCAGAAACAGGCCAUGGAGGGACAGGAUCCGGAGGCGCCAGCUCAACCGAAAAACUGAGUCUGUAAUCUGUCAAGUAAAGAAGCUUACUUGGCUCGUGCUUCUGCAGGCUGUACAUGAAGCCUCGUACCAGCAUCUGCAUCUGGUGAAGUCUUGCUGGUCAGACUGCUUCCGCUCAAGGCAGGAGGUGAAGGAAAGCCAGCUCUGUAGAGCUCACAGGGUCCCUCCAGGAGAUCAAUGUGGAGAUGUCUACAGCAGUUGGAAGAACAGGUCUGCAGCCCGGGAGAAAAGCCUGGGCAUGGAUGGAAAUGUGGAGUCAUUGACAGACGAUACAGUUGAAGCCGUGGGGGUGCCUAAGAUCACCGAGAAGGAAGAUGGGGAGGGCAGGGAGGAAGCGCCAGGAGUGCAAGGUGUCUGGGGAAGAAGAGUAAGGUCAGAAAGCAUAGGACUUUUAGAGAGGCCAAAGGAAAAUGAAGAAUAAUUAUAAAAAUAAUGAUAUCCUGCAUAUUAGUAAAGUGAAACUUCAUUUGAUCGUAUCUUGCUUAUUACAUACAUAGGGAAAACUCACUCAUUUUAUUUAUGGUUACAUUUUUCAGUAUGUCACAUUUACAAAACUGACCAAGUGAGAAUUUGUUGUAGUACUGAGUGCCCAUGGUGGACCAGUCAGUGUCAGUGUUGAGGAUAUGAAAAUGAAUCAGCAGGGCCUUUGUGCUCACUUAUUCAACCCACAGGAUAAGACCAAGAGUAUCAGAGAAGUAACCUCCUCUGAGAAGCAGACCACUACUCUGGUGGACAAGGAGAUCCAGCUUACCAUGUAGACACAGAAUAUCCUCUGUUCAUGGUAUUUGCCUUUAAUCGCUUUUUCUUUAUCUAUUGAAGAUGUUAAGAUACUGGCUCUUCUCUCCAGUAUUAAGAAGACUAAUUAAUAAUAAUAAUAAUAAAAGUCCAUGUCACCAUAGCCAAAACAGAAAACAGAGCAGAAACUUGGUGAAGUUAAUCAAAUAAUUGCUGCAGGCCCUUGGCUAUGGAGAACUCUCCCUGCUUUUGGUUGAGCAAGAGAGCCUCUCAGAGCCUGGCACUGGGAUUCACACAGCGUUCCCUUCCAGGGCCACAGGGUCCCAGCAGCAGCACCACACAGCAUUUGAGCUCCAGUCCUCUAGGCUUUCAGCCAUGGCACCCUUUGUUUGUUUUUCCCCAAAGCAAAGUGCUGCCUGGCAGCUGAAAAGAGUGCAUGUUUCCUCCUUCUCAAUCCGGCUUCUUAUAUAGCUGUGCUAUAUUUGGCAGCUCAAUCUUACUUCCUGUUCCAAAUGCUUCCUCUUCCUGUGGGUAGAAUUCUCAGAACUCUCGUGGCUCUGGUAGGUGUUAUCAAAAACUUGUGCAAGGCCACUUGGUGGUACAGUCUGUGCUCCACAGAGCCACCUCCUAGCUCAGUGACUCACCUGUGCCUGGAGGACACAGGGGGUGAACUCUUCAAGAAGGAACAGAGAGUUCCAGGACACCUCUCACUUGAAUUGUGAUGAAGGUUUAUUAAUGAACAAAAAGCAGAGGGAGAUUGGAAUUUGUGGGGAUGAGGUGGCGAGAGAGGUUUGAAAAGGCAGAUGAGACUUUAAGGCCCAAAGGCAAAUACAAUUUACUCCUCAAAGAAAAAGUAGUAAUUAUUUGUUUAAGAUCUAUCUUCCCCUGUAGGCUGUAAGAAUCAUGAGAACCAUGAGAGGCCAUGCCAUUUUUUGUGCAUUGUUUUAACUCUAGUGUAGUGCUGGCUGGUGUUACAGUCGGUGCUUAAUUAAUGACUAUUGAACAAAUGAAUAAAUGAAUGAAUGAAGGCAGAAAGAGGCAUGAGCAUUGAAAAGUAAUCCUUUAAAAACUUAUGUUGGUAUACGGAAAGAGAAAGAAAAACUGUAUAUAUGUUAAUAGUGUUUAUUCUGAGUGGAGGGAUUAGAGAGUAUUCUAAUUGUUUUCCUUUUAUGAUUUUCUGUUAUAGUCUCAUUUUCCUAUAAUUAUUUCUCAUGCUUGUUUAAUAGAAAUAUUUUAAAGUAAGGAUUCAAAAUUUAAAAAGCCUGGAAGGAAAUAUAUAACUUUAGAGCAGCUUUUGUGCUGGGCAUAAAAUUGUAGAGUUUUAUUUUAUUUUCUGAAUGUUCUAUUGCUUUCAUCAUCUGAGAACACUUUUGAAAUGAACAAGUUAGUUAGUCACCAUGGCAGGAGAGCACUAUUGUAGGAGGGCUGGGAUCCCAGAACUCAGUGAUCAUGAAGAAAAUGUCAAGUUAAAGAGAAGAAGGUGAUGUAUAUAACGGCCUAUCUUUUGAUAUAUAUAUAUAUAUAUAUGUCCAUAGGAAUUUUAUUUUUGAAAUGCCCCUUGGAAACACCUGUCACAUUCACCAGAAGCUAAAUUGGUCCUGCAUAAUUUCUUCUUUCCCACUUCUGAGAGGCUAUGUCUCUGACUUUGUUCACAGUUAAGGAUAAUUUUUUUUUUUCAUUGACUGAGAUGAGACAUAGAUUUCUUAUGCUUCUUUCAAAUGAAAACUUAUAAACACCAGCUAUUUGGGGAUAUUUUACAAUUGCACAGAUAGGAAAAUCAGAACACAAAAUAUCAUUGUUGUACAGAUGCUAUGCAGACCUGUGCGGGUGGCUCUAUGACACUUAUGGAUUAAUGGGGAGUUUUGUCAAAUAAAUUGAUUUGUAAUCUGAUGGAGAAACACUUUGAGCUGUAUUUGGUUUGAUUAAGGUGGAACCUAGUUUAGACUACAGACAACCUGGUCUACAGACAACCUGGUCAGAGUCAGCCUCCUAGAUAAAAACCCCAGGGCCUCCUUCAACCUCUGGUGACCAGAACAGUGCGAAGUGUUACUGCAGCAGUAGCCACUCCAAUCCUAUUAGCUCUACCAAAUAGGGAGAUAGGCAGGGAAAUUCUCCUGGUGCAAAGCUAUCAGCUGUAGCUCAAGGGUUAAUUACUACCAUGAUGUUGGGGAUAAUAGAAUGGAUGACACAGCAGAGUGUGUGUGGUCUGUGUGUGUCUGUGUGUGUAGGCUAUUUGAAUACAUUUGGGGUACUAGCUUUUGAUUCAGAUCGUAACAUAUUUGGAUGGUUGGAAACAAAACAACAGGGAAUUAAAAUGUGAGAAUACUAAAGCACCUUAAGGAAGGAACUGGAAAAAUGUCUCCCUUCAAAGACAGCAGAUUUACAUGCACACAUGCGCGCACACGCGCGCGCGCACACACACACACACACACACAAACUAGGUGCCAGUAAAAAAAGAAAAAAAAAGCAUGACUUCUCUCCAAAAACAACCCAUACAAACUCUAAAAGGGCAUCCUUCAAUUUUCUGCCUCCACUCCAGGACAAAUAGUCCCUCAGCAGCCCCUUGCAUAAGGGGAUCUCUCUGAUUGGCCUGCUGAGCAGGGAUACCUGGCUCCUAGAGUCCUGAUGCUGGCUACCGUCAAAUCAGUGCUGUUUGUGGGCGCUCAUCUCCCUUCUUGGCAGGAGAAAACCUGGAGAGGAGGCGACAGGGUGGAGAAAAAUCCAGUACAGGGGGUGAAUGGUGAACAUAAAGGAGAAGCUGUUACCCUCUCCAGGCCAAAGAGAACUGCUGUAGAAAUGCUACGCUGUGACCAAGCAGCAGGGAUUAUGAGGUAUACAGAGACAUUUUUUUAACUUGUGUAAUAUUUAGUUACAUGACUUUGGUGGUCUAAAGCCUGUCUGUGCUUUGUUCUUUUUUUCUGUAUCCAUCCUUCAACAACCGGAUCCUAUCAGUUAUUCCAUUUUAAUUUCCAUCUUUCACUGAGUUUCAGUAUCACUGUGGUUUGUAGGUAUUUUAGCCAGAUUUAGUGCUUUUUUGUGAUAUUCAGAAACUGUCUAUAAGUCUCAGGAAGCUGAGACAAUGAACACAUCACAACUAUAAUUUCCCUUGGCUUGGUUCUACUCAGUUAUUCCUUUUCACUUUGUGCUGCUCAAAUCCCCAUCCAGAUGCACUAUUGUGUGUUUAGGACAUAUAAAAUACCACUGGAGCUGCUUCUAUUUGUACUUUAUUCACACAGUGACAUGACACAUGAAAGAAGAGUGGUAAAUGGUCGGUGAUAACUGAACUGGGGUCAGAUUUAUUAGACUAUUUUUAACAUAUGAAUUCAAAAAUAGUAUUUGAACAAAUAAGUAUCUAAAAUUUGCACUUACCUGUUGGAAAAGCUAAGACUGGAGCACCUUCCACUGAAAGUGUAGAAGUGUUAGGCUUGGAAUAAGGGGUAACGGUACCUUUAAAGGAGAUUAUAGGCCAGGCAUGGUAGCUCAUGCCUGUAAUCCCAGCACUUUGGGAGGCCAAGGUGGGCAGAUCGCUUGA